AUGCGCGUCGACGCCAUUCGCGCAUGGAUCGAUUCCGUUGAUUCUUCGAGCCCGUUCAUCGACUUCCGCGGGCAAAUUUCCUUAGCAAAUACAACUAAGAAAAGAAGGCUCAGCGACAAUUCAAUGGAGAGCCCUUCAAAAUGGAAGCCCAGGGAACAGCCCGAAGCAGAAACACCUUUUGACCCCGACAAAACACCACAAUCAUCAUCUACUCUCCCAAUGAACUCUAUCUUCGAUCAUCCGCCACCGUCAUUAUAUGUCACUGGCUCUACUAUCGACUCAUUUCUUCGCACUCUUGCGGCCCGUCCGCAUUUCCCCAAGUCAACAGCCGACCUGAAUCGCUUCAAUCGCCCGACUCGGUUCAGUCUUGAGCCUGAUCUGAAAGCAGCUCUUCCUCCCGAUGCACACGAUCUGUACAAGGCGUUGCACGAUGUGCAGUGGGGCACGACAUUCUUCCGCAUGCUCUGA